AUGAUCAACAAUAUUUUCUUCACUUCCACUAUUGAACCAAAAAAUGUUAAAGAAGCACUUGAAGAUGAAUGUUGGGUUAAUGCCAUGCACGAGGAGCUCGGGCAAUUCGUGAGGAAUGACGUAUGGACUCUUGUCCCCAAGCCUGAAUUUAUGAAUGUUAUCGGCACAAAGUGGAUUUUCGAAAACAAGACUGAUGAGAUUGGAAACGUGACCAGAAAUCAAGCCAAAUUAGUGGCUCAAGGAUAUACACAAGUUGAAGGCAUAGAUUUUGAUGAAACCUUCGCUCUUUUUACAAGAUUAGAAGCCAUCAGACUCUUGCUCGAAUUGCUUGUCUUUUGA